CACUUCAUCCCUCUCCACAAAAUAUAAACACUCACUACAUACCACACUUCUACCACCACUUCUAGUUAGUUUCUCUCCACCACCAUUUUUCCAUGGCUUCUCAUUAUCUUCUAGUUCUUGCUUUAGUUUCAUCAUGUCUUUUAAUUUCUGUUCAUGCUCAAAAAGACGCUGCCCCAGCACCCAAAGGAGCCGGUCCGAUCAAUCUCACUGGAAUCCUUGACAAAGCUGGUCAAUACACAACGUUUAUCCGUCUGUUGACAUCGACACAGGUAAGUAGCCAAAUCACUAAUCAACUCAAUUCAUCGGAUCAGGGAAUGACCGUGUUUGCUCCAACUGAUAACGCUUUUAAUAACUUGAAACCCGGUACUCUAAACGGUUUAUCAACACAAGAGCAAGUUGAGCUUGUUUUAUCCCACGUCUUGCCUAAAUAUUACAGCUUGGUGAUGUUUGAAACUGCUAGCAACCCUGUUAGAACUCAAGCAACUGGUCAAGGUGGUGGUGCGUUUGGAUUAAAUUUCACUACCUCCGCAAACCAAGUUAAUGUUUCAUCUGGUAUGGUCGAUGUUAUCCUUAACAAUGCUCUACGACAAGAAUUCCCCUUGUCGGUUUAUCAAGUUGAUAAGGUUUUGUUACCAUUGGAUUUAUUUGGAGCUAAACCACCAGCAUCCCCACCACCACCACCUUCUCCAACUGAUGCCAAGAAACCAAAAUCAUCUACCAGUGGACCUGCAGCUUCUGCCGAUGGAGACGACAAACCAUCUUCAGCUGUGAGGAAUAUGGGCAUGGGUUUGGUUGCUGGAGUUGCGGCAAUGUUCAUGGGCUUUUUUUGAUUACAAAAUGAUUAAUGUGUGAUGAUGCAAUAGCAUUUGGCAAUACUACAUUUCACUGUAUUAAAGUCAUAAUGUUGUUUUUCUGAGAAUUAAAAUUAUUUUCGCAUCGUUUAAAUAAUUUCAUUCUUUUGAUCUCUGUAUGUGGAUGAUGAUUAUAAUUUCAUGAAUGGUUUUUCUA